AUGCUACCUACAGUUCUUGCGCGACUGGGGAGACAGAGACAUCUGGCGGAUGCUGCUGCUGCAAUCCUCUGCGCUCGUACUACUCUGCUCGGCAUUCCCAAGGGGAACAAGGGAGCGCGCACACCUCUGUCGUUCCUAGCCGCCGCCCGACAACCCCUUUCUGCUCGCUACCGCGCCACCUGGACCUCAGACCUCGACAACCUGGACCGAUUUGGUCUGUCGGUUGGAACCCGAAAGGCCUACCCCUCACCUCCGUUAACACCCUUAUCGGACCCCGCUUCUCUUCCGCCUGUCACAAAAGUCUUCUGGGCCUCGGAACACAAAACCCCCUCACCGACAGUCCAAAACGACGCUCCCCGUCCCGACCUUCCCGUCCACAAGUCGCCGUCGACGUCGUCACUGUUAGACGACGACCUUCACUGGAACUCAUUCCGCCUCUCACCCCCCAGAGGCAACUCUCUUCUUGCAGUGCUAGGCGGUGUCCGCGUCCUGCGCAUCGACGCCGUAUCCGUCUUGGACAGGAUGCCGUACUCUGCCAGUGCCGCGGCUGCCGCCUACCGCCGUCGCGAGUCGGCCGACAUGGACGUCGUUGACGCCAUUCUUCGUGCAGAGGAGAAGUCUACGACUGUUCCAGAGGCCCCCCUCCGUCGUGCCAAGUCUGCAUCCGACGUCGACCCCUUGCCACCAUCAGCGGUCGCAUCCUCGACCGCCGCAGCCGGCAUUUACGUCUCCCCGCCAACCCCAACAACGACGGCCGUGCCUGCUUCGGCAUCGUCCGCGAUUCCUUCCAUCAGCCAGGUGCCAGUCCUCCCCCGGUCAUCCCCAUCCCCCCGCGGAGCGACCCAGGCCUUGCCUCGUACCUCGCGAAGCGUUUCGCCCAACCCAAGUGCGCUCGGUAUCACCAUCAAUGCCAACGUCUUGCCCGAGGUCCGCAGCCCGCCACGCAGACCCGUCGACACGCUGCAGAUCACUUCUCGCAGAUCCAGACGCCCACGUCUGUUUGGUUUCACCGGCCUUGGUGACGAGAUCGGAUCGGCCGCCAGCUCGGCCGCUAGCUCACCAGAGGACCCUUCGUCACCAGUGACUGCCACAGUAUCCCUCGGCUCGGUCCUCCCUCGUCGUUACAACCCUGUUCGCACCCGCAGCGAGACGUCUCUCGACACCCUCCCUCAGGCACCCCCUCCCCCACGCCAGCGCCGGGGCACCGGCCUCAGGCUCGACCUGGGCAACAUUGUGGCCCCAAACAUCUCGCAGCCCGUCUCGGCCGGCAUCGUUCAGUCACCAUACCACGGUGUCGUCAAGAAGAAGAGCGGCGAAAUCGUCCGCCCAGCUCUCAAGUAUGUUGGCGAGCUGCUGCCUAACGGCACUCCUGCCGACAAGUCGCGCCCCAUGUUCGAGUCCAAGUCUUGUCCCACAACCCCAUCGUGCCCCAAGUACGUGCACUUUGACAGCCAGCUCGAGCACGUCAAGCUCUUCCUCCAGAACCAGAAGCCUCUGGUCGUUUCUCGCCAGGGAACGCCGACCGAGGAGAUGUCGGAGAACGAGAUGGACGAGGCGAUGGCCGAGGCCGCCAAGGUUCUCCAGAUCCGCCUGCCCAACUUCCCCUCCGACCCACCAUCUGAUGCCGACAUUUUCCUCGAGUCGUUGUUCCUUAGCGAGACCCGCGACGCGCUCCGCGGCAAGGUUUGCGUCAAGAACAUUGCGUUUGAGAAGUGGGUCGCUGUUCGCUUCACCUUCGACUGGUGGCAGACAACGUCCGAGGUCUCGGCAGCCUACAAGGAGAGCAUCCGUGGCGGCUUGUACGACCGUUUCGAGUUCAGCAUCAAGCUGUCGGACCUUCUCGACCGCAUCGAGGAGAAGACGCUGUUCCUCUGCAUGCGCUACUCGGUCCCUGGUCGUGAGAUCUGGGACUCGAACAGUGGCCAGAACUACCAGGUCCUCUUUGAGCGCCGUGCGCCAGAGUCACCGAAGUACAUGCCCAAGCGCGCGGUGACUGUCCCCCAGGGAAUGGGCCGUGCGCGUGGCACUAACGCCUGGAGCCUCACUGGCAACGACAACGACCGCAUGGCCGAUCUCCGCGCCAAGCUCAACCGCCUCACUUCCGAGGACCUCGAGCUCAACGCGCCCCUCUCUCCUUCCAAGAAGAAGGCAUCGCGCAGCCCUCGCUCACCCCGCAUGUCGCCCCGCCGCGCCGUCUCUUCCCCUGGCGCAGGUCCGGGAGCCGACCUGCCCGUGAUGUCCGAGCUCGCCAACCGCUACGACUUUGGGUCUGCGCUCAAGUCUAGCCGCCGCAACUCGCCUCCAAAGGGCCAGAGCUUGGAACUUCCCGUCGCCACCGGCCCAUCAAACGACUUCUACUCACCUCGCGCUCACUUGUUGAACGUUGGUGGUGGACCCGUCUCGCCCAUCUCCCCUAUCCCUGGCGCUCCGGCCUCCCCCCUCGCCGGCCCAUCCUCUCCUCUCGCUGGCCAGUCAUCUUCCCCCCUGGCCAGCCCCGUGCCCGCCGCUAUCACAGCUGCUCGCAUCGCCACAUCACCUACCUCUGUCUUUGCCCCCGCCCCAUCGUCACCGCUUGCCCACGUGCACGCGCACCCUGGCAGCACAGACUCGAGCCCGACGAUCCGCCUGCCGUCUCUCACGAGUGGCACCAGCAGCUCAUCAACGUCGCUCUCGUCGGUCUCCAGCAUCACGGCGACCCCCACCCAGUCACCUGCUCUCGACCGUCGCCACGUUGACGUGACGCCAUCCGACACGAGCUCGGCUUCGGCUUCUCCCCUGUCGCCGCCUUCAGACUCGUCGUUUUCAUCGUCGGACUCGUUCCCCUGGUCGCCAACGUCCAAGCUGGAGCGCAGCACGGACGACAUGAACAUGGCCAGCUAUGCUCACUUUAUCGAGCAGUUUUGCUGGGCGGGCGGUGUCUCCUCCCCCGACACGCCUGCGUCGACGAGCGGCACCAACGUUCGCCGGGUACACUCUACGUCGUCGCUCGACCACUACUUCUCAUCGCCUCCCGAAGCCGGCACCCCACGUGUGUUCACUCCCACACAAGGCCUGAGCCGCAGUGCGAGCGCCACAGGAGGAGGCACAGGUUCGACGGCCACGCCAAGCGCGUACCGGGCGUCCAAGGCGAGCCCGCCUACUCGCGAGGAUCUCGACCACGUGGACAACGCCAUCCGGUCGCUCACAAGCUCCCUUACGAGCACACCCGUCGAGGGCAGCCCCGUCAUCAGCCCGGCUAUGAGCCGCAUCCCCUCUUCUGGGGGCGGCGCCGUGCUCGCCGCGUAG